AUGUCUACUGCAGCAGCAAGGGCUGCAGCGCGGAGGAAGGCUCUGAGUGAGCGGGGUACCGACCGUCUCGCGAAACUUACGACCACGGCGAGGGGGGAGGAUUCGCCUGUAUACAGGCCUGAAGGUACGUUAUCCUCAAAAUCGUUACUGAACCCGACUGACAACCUCAGAAACUUUGUCGGCGAGGACUCAAAUCUCCCGCCGCCGAUUCCGAGUUCAAGACCCGCCGCGUCCCACCGCACGCCGUCUUCCUCCGCGUCCAGUCCGCCGUCAGACCCUUCAGUAUGGUCCCAGGAGCAGCAAAUGCAAUUUAUGCAGGCACUCAUGGGUGCUGGCCUUGGAUCUAUGGAUCCUUCCAACCAGUCCCGACCACCACCGUCCAUAGCCUCACCAGGCAGUUCUGCCGCUCAACCUGAGGACCCGCUAGCAGCCAUGAUGUCUGCCCUAACGCAAAUGAACCCGCAAGCAGGUGGGCAGGGUGCUGUCCCCAAUCCGUUCGCCAUGCCCGGCGCUGCAUUCCAGCCCCCUCCGCAGGCGCCGCCCAAACCACAGUCAAGGCUCAAGAAAUUCAUGCCUCUCAUUCACGUCCUCGCUACGUGGUUCCUGCUCGCGUACUAUGUGUUCUGGAAAGAGCCUGGCGCGUAUAUGACACAACCCACUGCCUCUGCUGUCUCGGGGAACCUAUGGCAGCGCUGGGCGGAUCUGGCCUGGAGGAACGCGAAAGUGGGAUCUGCAGCCGUACAAUUCGUGCCGUUCUUCUGGGCAUUCACAACAUUGCAGGUUGUGCUGCACUCGUAUCGAGUAUUUUCUGGUUUGGACACUAUCCAGCCACCAAUGCUGUUAUCUUUGGCACUACCGCAGCUGCCUAAGCCGCUACCCUCAGUGAUACUUACUGGGAUGAAAUAUAUGCAGAUAGGGGGCGCAUUUCUGGAUGAUCUCGCUGCUCUAAUAUUUGGGCUGGGGAUGAUUGUAUGGGUUGCUACUUGGCUGAGCAGUUAG